AUGGUUGACAAAAUACUUACACCCUUGAAUAGCAACAUUCACUACCAUCCUACACCCUUGACGCCUUCCAUCAGGGCUGGGCUCCUCAAGCAGUCCGGUCUGACCAUCUGGCUCACCGGUCUGUCGGCCUCUGGCAAAUCCACUAUCGCCGUUGCGCUGGAACAAGCUCUGAUCCGCAAGCCGUACAACAAAAACGCCUACCGUCUGGACGGCGACAACAUCCGCUUCGGGCUCAACAAGGACUUGGGAUUCUCCCCAAAGGACCGCGAGGAGAACAUCCGCCGCAUCGCCGAGGUGGCGAAGCUGUUUGCCGACUCGUGCACCAUCGCCAUCACCAGUUUCAUCUCCCCCUACCGCGCGGACCGCGACCUCGCACGCAAGCUGCACGAGGCCGAGCGCCCCGGCGGCGAACCGGGCGUGCCCUUUGUCGAGGUGUGGAUCGACGUCCCCGUCGAAGUGGCCGAGCAGCGCGACCCCAAGGGCCUGUACAAGAAGGCGCGCGAGGGCAAGAUCCCUGAGUUCACGGGUGUCACGGCCCCGUACGAGGAGCCGCUGAAUCCGGAGGUGCAUAUCCGAAGCGACAAGACCUCUGUCGAAGAGAGCGUCAAGAUCAUUGUCAAGUACCUCGAGGACAAGGGCUACUUGAGCACCCCGCCCGCCGUUGAUGACGAUGAGUGA